CGGGUCACGUGACUUUGACCCGCAACAACACCGUUUCCACUCGAGCUCGUGUUGGGGGCUUCCCGUCCACGGGGACACAAGGGGAGGUGGCGGCUCCUCCCGUGAUUCCCCGCCCUCCAAACCGGGAGCACAGACGGACCAGGAAGUCCGUUCUCUGAGUUCUGGACCUUGGACCCGCAGCGUGUGCGGGAGGAGACGGCAUGGACUUCCACAGACUGAACACCUUCGGGGUUUUCCAGCGACUCUGGCCUCAUUACGGCUACGAGCGGGACUUUGGAGAGCUGCGGGAGCGGGAGUUUCCGAGGAUGACGGACGCAGCCUCUGCAGUCGCUGACCUGCUGUUGUAAACAGGAGUGACGUACCUGGACCACGCAGCAGCCACUCUGCACCCAGACUCUCUGCUCAGGGGUUACUUCCAGGACAUCUCCUCUAACGUUUAUGGGAACCCCCACAGCCACAGCCCCAGCAGCAGGCUGACCCAUGACACCGUGGAGCGGGUCAGAUACAGGAUCCUGCAGCAUUUUAACUCCAGCCCUGACGAGUACUCUGUGAUUUUCACUUCUGGCUGCACUGCUGCUCUCAAGUUAGUGGCUGAGAUUUUUCCCUGGAGCCCACAGACAGACCAGGAAACAGGAAGUGUCUUCUCAUAUCUGACGGACAACCAUACCUCGGUUGUGGGCAUGAGGGGACAGACCUCUGCCCUGGGGGUCGCUGCCCUGUCUGUCCUUCCAGAAGAAAUGGAAAACAAAGAAAAAGAGGACUGCCCAGAGGAAGAUGCUCUUUGCCAAACAGCACACCUGUUCUGUUACCCAGCACAGAGCAAUUUUUCUGGAAGAAAGUACCCCCUGAGCUAUGUGAGGGGCAUCCAGACCAGACGUCUGUACCCGGCGAGCCACCGCAGAGGCCGCUGGUUUGUUCUGCUGGAUGCAGCUUCCUAUGUCAGCUGUUCCCCUUUGGACCUCCGGGACUGCCCUGCGGAUUUCAUCCCCAUCUCCUUCUACAAGAUGUUUGGCUUCCCCACCGGUCUGGGGGCUCUGCUGGUCCGAAACAGCACAGCAGGAUCUCUGAGAAAGACCUACUUUGGAGGAGGCACAGCAGCCGCUUACCUCACCAGUGAAGAUUAUUACGUGGAGGCAGCAAACAUUUCUGACAGGUUUGAAGAUGGGACCAUAUCAUUUUUGGACAUCGUUGCUUUAAACCAUGGCUUUGAGUCUCUCUACAGGAUAGCAGGAAACAUGCACAACAUCCAGCUGCACACGUUUGGCUUGGCACGGUACACAUUCAUACUGCUCUCCGGUCUUUGCCACGGCAACGGGAGGCGGGCGGCUCAGAUAUAUGCAGAUGGACACUUUGACAGUCCGGCCACUCAGGGAUCGAUCCUGAACUUCAACCUUCUGGACUCUAACGGGAGAAUAAUCGGAUAUUCCCAGGUGGACCGGAUGGCAAGUCUGUACAACAUCCAUGUGCGCACAGGCUGUUUCUGUAACACAGGGGCCUGUCAGGCCUUGAUCGGCAUCACAAACCAGCAGAUGAAGAGAAACCUUCAGGCGGGCCACGUCUGUGGAGACAGCAUUGACCUGGUGGAUGGCCAGCCCACUGGAUCGGUUCGAGUGUCCUUUGGCUACAUGUCGACAUUUGAAGACUGUCAAAAGUUCCUGAGCUUUGUUGCUGAGUGCUUUGUGGAGAAGCCGGUCACUGUGGACCCAGACAGACUACAAGGUCUGCUACCUGUCAGUGCACCAUCAGAGAGAUCCAAUGGUGUCUCGCCCAUCCAAGCCUUCCAGGAAGAGUCAUGUGAGGUUGUUCAGAGGGAAGAGCCAGUGGAACGGAGAGACGCCUACACUCUGACCAACAUCUACAUUUAUCCUGUGAAGUCCUGUGGAGCAUAUGAGGUCCAUAACUGGCCAGUGGGGCCGCUGGGUUUAUUAUAUGACAGAGCCUGGAUGGUGGUGAACAGAAACGGAGUUUGCCUAAAUCAGAAGAGGGAGCCUCGCCUGUGCCUCAUCAGCCCCCGAAUCCACCUUCCCUCCAACAAACUGAUGCUGCAGGCUUCAGGGAUGGAGACCAUUUCAGUUCCUCUGGAAAAGGACAUUCUGCUGCACACGGGCUCUGCUGUGAGUCAGAGUAAAGUCUGCGGCGACAGGGUGGAGACUGUUGACUGCGGGGCCGAGGCUGCUUCCUGGCUGUCAGGCUUCCUCGGACAGCCAUGCCGCCUGAUAAGACAAAGUCCAGACUUCACCCGAGAAAUGAAGAAGAGACCGUGUGACGGUUUGGUGCAGAAUGCUUUGAUGAAAGGUCGGUUUAAGGUCGUCUUGUCGGACAAAGUUCUUUUUUUCUGUGGAUGGAGACGACUGCGUUGCAUCAGUUCAGAUAUCUCUUUCUGUGCUUCAGACUCUGAAAACAGACUUACCUCAUCUAAACUUUGGGAUACAGACCAGCCUCAGUUGAAAGCUGCCCCCUCCCCGUCCCUCUCUCUGGUGAAUGAAGCCCAGUAUCUCAUGAUCAACCUCGCCAGCGUGAAGCUCAUUCAGAGUCUAAUGAGCAGCAGGCAGGGCGGCGGCGAGGACCAGGAGCUCCUCGUCUCUCAGAAAGUCAUCAGGCGCUUCCGAGCCAAUUUAGUCAUCACUGGAGGAGAAGCAUUCGAUGAGGAUAAUUGGUCACACUUGAUCAUUGGCAGCACCCGCUUCGUGGUCGCGGGUCAGUGUGGAAGAUGCCAGAUGGUGGGAAUAGACCAGGACACCGGAGCCAAAUGUAAAGAGCCGCUCGUGUCCCUGUCUGCCCUCCGCGGCGGGAAGGUGACGUUUGGCGUGUAUCUGACUCAUGAGACUGCAGACGGCUCUGCAGCAGGACACGCUCUCUCUGUUGGUUCUGUUAUCCAGCCGGAACCACACGGGCCUUGAAGGGUCACCUCUUUGUUUUUUCUCAUCGCUGUUAAUCCUCCCAUCUUUUUAACGUUUUUAAAAUGAAAAACAUCAAAGAUUUGGAAUUCAGCUCUUAGAUGGAAUCACCUGAAAUCUUAGCUACAAAGGAAAUGUUAUUUCAACAGCUGCCCAUUUAACUCAUCAACCUUCUUUACCAGCCAAAGACAGAAAUGAAUGUUCAACAUAUGCCGAUGAUCUACUGUUGAGAGGAGAAGAGCGCCGAUCUGUUAGGAACGCAGCAUCAGUGGAGGUACUUUUCUCUCUGUGUCCCCAGAGAAUCACGGAAAGAACCGUUGCAUCCUCUAAAGAUGAAGUCGCCACAUUGCCUUCCCUCUAACACCUUUACAACACCAUGAACUGUAAAGGCAAUGAUUGUAAUGAUGCACUGAAAGCCAUCAAUAGGAAGAGAAUGAAAAUAAAAGGCACAUCAACACUUCA